CCGUACGUCGAGGAGGCCGCAUGAGCGCGCCGGAGUGCUAGCGCAGCGGGCGCGGGUGUGGUAUGCCCGCGCGUCGCCGCCAUGGUCAUGCUGGUGGCCUGGGCGCUGCUCGCCCUGAUCUCCGUAUCGGAGCAAGGACCGCACGAGAAGCGUCUCCUGAACGCUCUCCUCAACUCCUACAACACCCUCGAGCGGCCCGUUGCCAACGAGAGUGAGCCGCUCGAGGUCAAGUUCGGACUCACCUUGCAACAAAUCAUUGACGUGGACGAGAAGAAUCAACUACUUAUAACCAAUAUAUGGCUGUCAUUGGAAUGGAAUGAUUACAACCUAAGGUGGAAUGACAGUGACUACGGAGGCGUCAAGGAUCUUCGCAUCACACCGAACAAACUAUGGAAACCAGACGUUCUUAUGUACAAUAGUGCUGACGAGGGUUUUGAUGGGACGUACCAAACCAACGUGGUGGUCAGAAACAACGGCAGUUGCCUGUACGUACCCCCGGGCAUUUUCAAGAGCACAUGCAAGAUAGACAUCACCUGGUUUCCCUUCGAUGACCAACAUUGCGACAUGAAGUUCGGUAGCUGGACUUACGACGGCAAUCAGUUGGAUCUCGUACUCAAAGAUGAAGCAGGUGGCGAUCUAUCCGAUUUUAUUACGAAUGGAGAGUGGUAUUUAAUAGGUAUGCCAGGGAAAAAGAAUACAAUAACGUACGCCUGCUGUCCAGAGCCGUAUGUGGAUGUGACGUUUACAAUUAUGAUCAGAAGAAGAACGCUAUAUUAUUUUUUCAAUCUAAUAGUUCCUUGUGUUCUUAUAUCUUCAAUGGCCCUCCUCGGCUUCACACUGCCACCCGACUCUGGAGAAAAACUAACUCUUGGAGUGACUAUUCUACUUUCGCUGACGGUCUUCCUCAACCUGGUUGCGGAGACCCUGCCGCAGGUCUCCGAUGCUAUCCCCCUGUUAGGGACUUACUUCAAUUGCAUCAUGUUUAUGGUGGCCUCAUCCGUGGUGCUAACAGUGGUGGUGUUAAACUACCACCACAGAACAGCAGAUAUACAUGAAAUGCCGCAAUGGAUAAAAACAGUGUUCCUACAAUGGUUGCCGUGGAUCCUGCGCAUGUCGAGGCCCGGGAAGAAAAUAACUAGGAAAACAAUUAUGAUGUCAAAUAGAAUGAGGGAACUGGAGCUAAAGGAGCGAUCGUCCAAAUCUCUUUUAGCUAACGUGUUGGAUAUAGAUGACGAUUUUAGACAUGUACCCCCGCCACCUAAUAGUACGGCAUCUACAGGAAAUUUAGGACCCGGAUGUUCAAUAUUUCGCUCGGACUUCCGGCGGUCGUUCGUCCGUCCCUCGACGAUGGAGGAUGUGGCCGGUGGGCUGGGAGGCCACCAGCGAGAACUGCAGCUGAUCCUGCGGGAACUGCAGUUCAUCACGGCGAGAAUGAAGAAGGCUGACGAGGAAGCCGAACUAAUUAGCGAUUGGAAAUUCGCAGCGAUGGUAGUGGAUAGGUUCUGUUUGUUCGUGUUCACGUUAUUCACUAUCAUCGCGACAGUGGCGGUGCUGCUGUCGGCCCCGCAUAUCAUCGUGCAGUGACCAUGACUAAAUGAGUCCGUAUCUGAAACAUGAGAGAACUAAUUAUACUAUAAUUCUUAUCAUAAGUAUGUAUAAUAGUCUAACUAAGUAAUGUAUAACGCGUACAAAGUGACAAAGGACUCUCCUUUGCUCUAUCUGUCAACUGUAAUCUGAUAAAUACGGCUCGCAAGAAAGUAUUUUGCAUUCAAAAAAAUUUUACACAUCAUUUAAUUAUCAUUUACACGUUCCAUAAAAACCGGUAUUUGUUUAAUAUUUUAUAAAAGCUCGAGUAUUUAACCAGUGACGAUGGGUAGAGAUAGAUAAAUCAUGUGAAAUAAAUUGAGAAGAAAUACCGGCAAUCAUUGAAUUGAUUGAAGAUGAGGGUAAGAACUUUAAUUAUUUUAUUAUGAACAUGUAAUUUAAUAUAAGCUUCACUAACAAUUUGCACACCAGUUUAGAAUGUGUAAGGUGACUCAAUGUAUGGAAUAACUAGUUGUACCUAUAUUCCAGCGAUUUAAGGAUUAUUAUUUAUUAAUUUCACACUCUUAGUAAAACCCCUAAUUUUUAAAAUGACAGUCGUGAUAGGUUUAUUUUAGAUCCUACAUAAAUGUCCUAUUUUAUAGGGGUAAGCAGCUGUAACGAUGGAUGACUGGAGUUGAAACGUUACAUACGGAUUAAAUCAUUUUCUUUCGAGAUUAAUUCUUUUUUAAACAAAUUAUUUUUUGCUAACCCUACCUAAUCAGAUUAAAUUGACAGAUUUAACGUCACAACAUGGCGGCACGGUGGUCUUUUCUUAAAUUGUACGCGUUAUACUUCGGUACGCGACUCAAACGCACAUGUCUCUAUUGACUAUGUCGAAAGACGGUAAAUGUAAAGGAAAUAAAAAAGUUACAUAUAGAUUAGAUAAGUCCAACAUUAAUAUUAUAAAACAAUUGUGAUGUUGAUUAGGAUGUAAUACAUAUAAAUGUUGACGUAUAAUUUGUUAAAUAUAUAAUUAUAUCUCUAAUGAAUACGUUUAAAUAUAAUAACUAAAAUGUUUAGUUAAAUAAUUUAAAGGAAAACAAGGCAAGCGUGAAUCGGGUUUACUUUGGUUCACACACAAAAACUGUAUUUAAUUUAAAAGUAUUGAUAUCUUUUGAUACACAAGAAAUAUUUCUACUACAUAUAUUUAAGUAAUUUUGAUACACACAAUAAUUUUAGUAGACUCUAAUUUAAAGGUAACUCUGGUAAAAGUUAAACAUCAUAAGGGAUUGAUUUCUUUCAUGGAAGAGUUAUGGGAAAUGGAAUGAGAAAAAAUCCUUUAUAAGUAAAUGAGGGAUCACUACCAAUGACAUUACCAUAGGAUGUUAAGUAAUGUACAUAACAUAAAGGAUUAAAAUAUAUUAUUAGUAUCAUAAUAUUAUGAAUUUUGGAUCAUGUUUAAGGUGAAUUUUCUUUAGUUGUAUAUAAUCAUCAGGAAUUGGUUGACGAUAGACAGGCACAUUCAUGUGUCCAGUACAGGGUUAGUAUAAGAUUUUACAUCACACUAAACUGAUAUGUAAUUCUAACAUCGAAAUAUUUUAACGUCAAAGAAAAACGGAAGUUCGUCCAUACACCUACAGUCAGUGUCCCAAGCGAAAACCUUGCAAAACAAAAAUCUACGGCACUGAAUGUGUGAGUUUAAAUCAAGGAUUUUUAGGUCCAUUUUACUUUAACGUUAUUCUGUUUUGACGCUCAAAUUCUAUCAACGAUGAUGCGAUGUAGAAUCGAAUACUAAUCCAACAGAACUAGCAGCUGUACACUAUAUUGAGAGUAUUGGAAUUGAGCCAGACUUAAAUAAGUAAAACGAACCAAAGUAACGGUAGAAUAGAAAGUAGAUAUGCGUAUUAAAUAAAUUUAAAUAAAAAUAUUUAUUAAUACUGAUGAAAUAAAUAAAAUGAAAUAUUGAAUAAGCUGAAAGAACACUCAAUUGGUUUUUUUAACAAUGCGCAGAAAUUGAAUGGAAAUCUAGAAUCAGAGUAUUAUAAUGUGCUGUUUAGACAAAAAUAAUGAAAUAUUGGGGAAAUAGUUGCUCUUUCAUUUGAGUAGUCAACCUUUAAAUGUAGUGCAAAUUAUAUCACGCUGCUGAAUAAUUUGUUAUUGUUAUCGAUUAUUUUAUACAAGUAUUUGUAUAUAAUUAAGGCGGAAACGCAGUUUUUAUUAGAAACGAGAAAUCGAAAAUAAGAAGCAACGUUCUAAAUACGUAGAUAUUACCCAAAGACAUCUUAGGAGUCACCCAAAUGAAUUUAAUAUUGACCAACUAAAAGAUUAUUACGUUGGCAAUAUUAAAUCGAGUGACGCUUCCAAUCUAAGGUUUUGGGUAAGAAAUCCUUUAGCACAUACCGUAGAGUUAGAUAAUAUUGUAACAUAGAUAAACUAUGUAAUUAUAACAUUUAUUCACGUCUUUAUCUAUGUCCGUUCCUCAAUUUCGCUCUUAUAGGUGUCGUGAUAGCCUAGUGAAUGUCGUGUCUCUUAAUAUAAGGCUACGGUGUAAUAAUAAGGAAGCUCAUUAAUUUUAGCGACUUAAACACAAAAUAAAUUAGUAUCUUACGAUUAUAUUCAUCUGAAUCUUAUUUGGUUACGGAAUUGCUUAUCUUCUUGCUUAUGUGGAUUAAAAUAACGCUAGAUUUUUAUAACAUUAAAGUAUAUUUGGCACAAAAUUAAUUCAGUUUACCGACACAAUUUCAUCAUGCUAUAGAAUGUUAUUUUAUAAAGUGUUUCUUUAUCAUAUUAUAUACUGUAUGGUGCUCAAAUUAUAUCAAGAUUGCAGAUUCCUUUGUAUAUACUUAAGAUAUUUUCAUUUCUUUAUUCGUCAAUAUUGUUAUUCUAAUAGAUGAAUGUCAAAUGUUGUAUCGUAUUAAUUAUUAUCAGUGAUUAUGUGACUGUUAUUAUUCUAUUAUAUUAAUUAUCUCCGCAAGUGGUGAAAAAUUAAAAAAUCGGUAUAAAUAAGUUAGAUUUGUUAGUGCCAAAGUUUAGGAUUUAUACAAUUAAGUUUGUUUAUAGAGAUAUAAAUUAUAAAAGGUAAUGUUGAAAAUUUUAUUGUAAAAACUUAUAAAAAAAACGAAAUAGUGUCCUUGUUAACGUGUAACUUAACGUUAAUGUUAAACUUACAGCAUUGGGCCGCAAGUACGGGUUCAAUCAGCCAAUUUUAAAAGCUUAGUUUAUUUUAAAGAAUAAAUAAAGAGGUUGUGAAAAGGUUUUUGAAAACCCGUAGUUUGCGAUUCUAUGUUAAUAAACUAUACAUUAAAAACGCGUAGAAAUGGAUCUACAUUAAAAGUAAAGUUUAAAUAACUAAAACGCCUGCAUGGGACCGGGAUUGAAAUAAACGUACAAAAGAACUGAUGCAUUACAACACUAUUUCAUCUGCAGUGCUUUACUUUACAUUGAGUUGCUCAUUUUGCGUCAAAAAAUACUAACUCACACAGAAUACUCAAAAUACAAAUACAUACAAAUCAAAAUUAAUAAAAACAAAGUAGAAACUUCGGCAUAGAAAUAAACACUUAUUUACUUAAAGUUUAUAAUUUUCAUAAAACUAAGCUUCCAAUACGCUUGUGAAAAUCCAUAAAAUAACAAAAGUUAAUAAGCAAGAAUGUGUUAGUGGAUGUUUGAAAUAGAUAAAAUAAGAAAAUAAAGCUGCCAUGUUUAGCUCAUUUUUUAAUAUUUUGUAAGCAUACCGAUGUUUUAGAUGCCCUUUGAUAAGCUAAAAUUGCCACGUUUAUAAUAUUAUCUUAUUUAUUCUGUAUUGUAUUUAUAUAUUUCUAUACUCUAUACAUCAAAAAUCGUGGUUUGAUAAAUCUUUAAAACCUAGAUUUUUUUGCGAUUUAUGUUUUCACAUUUUUUACAUUUUAUGUGGUCUCAGAAUCUUCGUAACUAUUUCAAAAUUUGGAUAUCAUUUUGAUAUUUACAUAUUUUAAGUUUUUUCGCUAAUUGUGCCUACGAUAGUACAAUUAGCGAAAAAAAAAGAAAAAAAAAAGAAAGUUAAUAUUUUGCAAUGCCCGAUUUUCGGUGUGGUUGAUUUUGCUUAUAAUUUUCUGCUAAUUUCAUUCUAAAGCUAACAAAAUAUAAUAAUUAUAAAAAAAAUAUAGGUAUAUGUAAGUAAAGCAACCAAAAAAAAUAAUAUCCCGAGUUAAAAAAAUUGAAAAAAGAAUGCGACACAUUAAAUUGACAUUUUUUAAUCGUAGGCUAUAAGAUAAAUAUAAAUCUAAAAAAAAUUCUAAUAGUCAAAAGUCAAUACUUAAUAUGAUAACAUAACAUUGAUUUUAUUUUACUCCCAUAAUAUUUUAUUUACAUCAUAAAUACAAGGAAAACGAUCGCAGUAUACCUACUUAUGUCAAAGAAAAUUACGACACAAAUUAAUAGUUAACACGAAAAUGCAUAUUGCACAACAGAAACUAAAUGCUUUAAUUAUAAAACAGGUAUUUUUGACGUUUCAUGUACAUUUAUCACUUGGUAUUCUGUACUUCUGACGACUUUAGUCUAAGAUUUUAUCACAUUUUAAACACUAUCCCGAACGGCCGAAUUUGAUAAUAGUAAUCCAUCUUUUUCCAUAAUUUGUCGAUAAUUUACUUAGCAACGUUGUUAUAUUUUGUCAAAAAUUAAAUCUAAUUACAUAACUGGCAGGGAUUUUACCUGUACUCUCCUGGCUAGGCUAUCCCAAUCAGCUUCGCCAUAUCUGAAGAUUUUUAUUAAAAUUUAUUGCGAAAUAUUCAAGAGCAAAUACUUAAAAAAAAUAUAUAAUUAUUGUCCUUUUUGACAAAUAACAACGUUGCUAUGUAAGCUAUCGACGGAUAACAGAUGGAUUAGUUAUUAAUUCGACUGUUAACUCGUCUUAUGGAGCGAUUUGAUGGGAUGUUUUUGUAACAGAAUCAUCAAUGUAUGUCGACUUCAACAAUUCAUUAGAACACUACCCGAUAUAGGAGUCGUUAAACCACAGAAUAUUAUAUGAGGGCCGAUUUUUCAAUCGCCAAAUAACUUUUACCUGAGGAAUAAAGAGGUUUUGACAGUUUUUGUAUAGGAAAUCUGUCAAUACGACAUAUUUAUUCCACAGGUAAAAGUUAUUUGACGAUUGAAAAAUCGGUCCUUAAUAUCUUCUUCAACUUGCAAUCUGUUGCAUUUUUUAAAAGUUUACAUCACAUCAAAUCACUCAUUGAGGCCCUAACAUAAGAACUCUUUUUCAUUUUACUAUACAAUACUAUAAUUAAAGCAAAAUUAGCUAAUAUUUAAAAAAAAACUUGCUGUCCUAUAAAAUUACUAAGUGGCGAUCAUGUGUAUUGAUUGUAAGUCAUUUUAUUUUGCUUCUUAUUUUUACUGUUUUACAAAAACAUAUAUUAUGUACUAUUUUUGAACCAAUACCUUUAGAGUCAAAGACUUUUUAAACUUAUUCGGUUUUUAUGAACAUUUAUUUUUACAUAAUACUGUUUCUCUUUUCUAUUUCUAAAUCUAAAGCAAAUAUUGCCCAUACCAGUAACAAAUUCAUGCAAUUACGCGGGAAACGAAAUAAGAUAAUGGACACAUACUGUCCGAUAUCAGCCAUUUAGGCGCCAAAUCUGUGCCAAGUUCUAUUGGACCAACCAAUUUCAGGAAAAUUUCACACAAUAUUACUUUCCUAGGCAACUGAAUAUAAGCUUACUAUGAAAUGUGGUAGUGAAGAAAAUAUCUGGAAAAAAAUUUGAACUAUUCAAACUGCUUACCAGUAAUAUCUACAUACUUACAUUUGGAAGGUCGGAGGUUUGAUUCCGUGGACGCAACUCUAACAUUCGUUUCAAGCAACUAAAUAAUCACUUGCUUUAAUGGUAAAAGAAAACAUCGCGAGGAAUACUGUAUGUACGAGAGGUCUGCAUACUGUUAUUCUUUUUAAUAAUUAUUCAAUUUUUAAUAUAAAAAGUCCUUGAUUUUAAAGUUACUGUGAAUCACGCUAACAUGCUUAUUAUAUUAUAAGAGUAAUAAAAAUAAAAAUAAUCAUUUCAUCUUA